GGGACGCGCGCGCGCCUCUCAAACAGCGCGAGCGGCACCGAAGCCAAAGAAACCCGCAGCAGGGCGAGUCCUAUACACUGCUUUACCUGGGUUUGCUUUCUAACAGGACAUUUAUAUCGAAAGGAGCAUCAGGCCAGUGAACCUGCUUACCAGCACUGAAGCAUGGAGGCCAGUGGCAGCAGUUGGCCAACUGAACCAAUGGCCUCUUGCUUCAUGGGCAACAUCACCACAGAGAACUCGAGCAUCAGUCGGAUAUACGAGGUGGCAGUGCAGUCAACAAAUGCCUCAGCAAAGCGCAGUCCACAGUUCGUUGGGGUGGAGCUUCUCCAGUCUUUCAAACUCCUCAUCAUUCCUUGCUAUACACUGGUAGUGCUGGUGGGAGUUUUUGGGAACUAUUUACUGCUCUACGUCAUUUGUCAGACCAGAAAGAUGCACAAUGUAACUAACUUCUUCAUCGGGAACCUGGCAUUCUCGGACAUGCUGAUGUGCGCCACCUGCGUGCCGUUCACUCUGGCGUAUGCCUUUAACCCUCGAGGUUGGGUGUUUGGGAAGUUCAUGUGCUAUCUGGUGUUUCUCAUCCAGCCGGUGACUGUGUACGUGUCUGUGUUCACAUUAACGGCAAUCGGUGUGGACAGAUACUAUGCUACCGUGCACCCGCUGAAGAAACGCAUCUCUGUCCUGGCCUGUGCUUAUCUCCUCUCUGGCAUCUGGAUUCUUUCCUGUUGUCUGGUGGCUCCAGCUGUGGCCCACACUUACCACGUGGAGUUCCGAGAUGAAGGCUUCACUAUUUGCGAAGAGUUCUGGAUGGGCCAGGAGCGUGAGCGGCUGGCUUAUGCUUACAGCACGCUCUUCAUCACCUACGUCCUCCCGCUCUCAGCCCUCUGCAUCUCAUACCUGCGCAUAUCUGUCAAGCUGCGCAACUGUGUGGUACCCGGACACCACACGCAAAGCCAGGCAGAGGCUCAGAGGGCACGGAAACGCAAAACCUUCCGCCUAGUGACAUUGGUGGUGGCAGCGUUCGCAGUCUGCUGGCUGCCCAUCAGUGUGUUUAACGUCCUCCGGGACAUCGAUAUCGAUUUGAUUGACAAACGCUACUUUCUGCUCAUCCAGCUGCUGUGCCACCUGUGCGCCAUGAGCUCGUCUUGCUGCAACCCAUUUCUGUAUGCAUGGUUACACGAUCGCUUCCGAGCAGAACUGCGAAAGAUGUUCACAUGCCACAGGCGCAUUGGCAUUGGGAUACCUGCCAACAACUGUACCGCUGCCAGUGUGGUGCUCUGACAAACAAUAAAACCGAUAAAAAAACCAAUCCGAGGGAGUUAAUGCCAAAUCUGGACUGUUUGAAGAACAGGUAGAGGUUUGGGAGUGUUGAGACGCACCACAUUUCCGUUGGUAGCAUGGCCAGAGGUUUACACACAAACCCUUUUAUUAAUGCUUCGGCAAAACUUGCACGCCCACAAUCACCCUCUCAUAACGAAUUCUACCUUAUAAAACUGUGGAGCAGAACUUAAAUUAUAUAUAUAUUUGCAGACAUUUUUUUCAGACGACAUGAACACAUAAAGAAGAUCGCUGAAUAGACUGUCUUCUAAGAAGUUUGAUGUGAAAGAUGAUUCUGGAUCUGACUUGACACUGUGGAAUCUACCGAAGAUAUUAAUAGUGUAACGAUACACUCCGUUCACGAUUGUUUGAAUUUAAUACUGAGCAUUGUACAUGAUGCUGCAGUUACAAUUCAAUUUAAUUUGUUUAUGUUAGAAGAUUCUGAACAAAUGUUUACUAAAGAAAAGUAAAAAAAAUUGAAGGAGAAAUAUAGUAAGGAAAAGUAUGGAGAAACAAUGGGACACAAUGUGUAUUUAAAUUUUUUGCAUAAAAUUUAAUUAUACAAACAAACUUAAAUACCACCAGGUUUAAUAA